ACAUCCAAGUUGCUAUCAACAACCAAGCCUUGUCAUCCUUCCCAAAGCUGGAGACAGGAGAGUCCCAUGGCCAUCCAGCUAAAACCACAGGGACUAUGGCGACCCAGGAAGUCACUCCAGGCAGCCAGUCUGAGGAGAGCAGUGCCUUGGAUUUGCCAACAGUUUAUGACAUAAGAGAUUACGUGCUGCAGAGACCCCAUCAGGAGCCCAACAGUGAGGCUUUUAGUUCUGUAGAAGCCUUUUCUAGUCCUUGCUCUUCUGAUCUGGAUCCAGGCUUCCAGAUGAGCAGUCAUUGGAAGAAAGGAUGUCAGAGCCAAAGAGUUUGA